GGAAGCCCUGGGUGGCGGCUGCCGUAGGGGUCAUGCUGGUCCUGGUGCUGGUGGUCCUCAUCCCUGUGCUCGUCAGCUCUGUGGGUACAGAUGCCAGCCACUAUGAGAUGCUGGGCACCUGCCAUAUGGUGUGCGACCCCUACCUGAACAAGGGCACUCCAGCCAGCAGCACCAGCUCCACUGGUCUCCAGGCUGAGGCAGAGGCGUUGAGCGAUCACAGCAAUGUGCUUCCACCCUCCACCUUACUGCAGGGCCCACAGGGGAAGCCUGGUAAACCAGGCAAGCCCGGACCACCUGGACCGCCCGGAGAACCUGGGCCACCGGGGCCAGCUGGGCCACCUGGUGACAGGGGGGAUCGAGGAAGGACUGGGAUUUUGGGUCUUGGGGGGACCGGAGCUAUCAGUACGGCCACCUACAGCACAGUUCCUCGGGUGGCCUUCUAUGCGGGGCUUAAGAACCCCCAUGAAGGCUAUGAGAUCCUCAAGUUUGACGAUGUGGUCACCAACCUGGGCAACAAUUAUGAUGGCAUUUCAGGCAAAUUCAUCUGCAGCAUACCAGGCACAUACUUCUUCAUCUACCAUGUGCUGAUGAGAGGAGGAGAUGGCACCAGCAUGUGGGCAGAUCUCUGUAAGAAUGGCCAGGUUCGUGCCAGUGCCAUCGCCCAAGACGCUGACCAGAACUAUGACUACGCCUCCAACAGCGUCAUCCUCCAUCUGGAUGCCGGGGACGAGGUUUACAUCAAACUGGAUGGAGGCAAAGCCCACGGAGGCAACAACAACAAGUACAGCACCUUCUCUGGCUUCAUCCUUUACGCAGAUUGAGAACAGACAGACACAAAGACAGUCAGAAAGCAAGAAAUUGACAGAAGAGUUGAACGAUGAGGGGGGGGGUAAGGGGGUGUGUUAAAAGCUGGAAUGCUUCCUAGUUUUCCUAAUUUUCUCCAUCAUCCCGGACACCUCUGCUUCAUAUCCAUCAUUCAAAACAUCCAGGCUCGGCUACAGAGCCUGGAUGCGAAAGCUCCUGAGGACACACUGAGAGGGGCUGACGGGCGACGUGGGAGGAGUGGGAUGUGGGGAGGAGGUGGGCUGGUUUUUCUGCACUCCUCGCCACAAUGCCAACAUGUCAGAAAGCUCCUCACUUUCAGUGUCUCUCCUUUUCAGCCCUGCUCCAUUGCACAGAAAUAACAACAAAAAUGAAAACCCUGCAAAAGCGGAUGAUCUCACCUCUUCUCUCCACAGUGGCAACAGUCAGCUGUGUUGUCAGUGGACUGAAACUCGUAGUGUUGUUACGUGCAAUGUUCCUUAGAUUGUGUUUUUGUUUUGUAGACAUGCAUAAUAUUCUACACAAUGAGAUUUAAAAAAAAAGGAUAUAUUUAUCCCCUGUGAAGAUAUCCUGUUUGACUGAUAGGACGCAUUUUUGAUGGAGCUCAGAGAGCUAACGGCUAGAAAAGAAAAACCUGAAAAUCACGACUGUCAGUAUUUCAUGGCACUGGGUGUUUUUGUUCAUUGCUGGGUACAGCAAAGUGGCUAUAUAUUGUUCAUGUGGAGAAUAACAAUACAUUCUGCACUGUACCUUCCAAUGUAUCUAGAAAAAGGAAACAUCAUCUAGACAAUACCCUUUCCACACACAGCACCUAACGCUCUUCACAAACACAUAAAGUCCUGCCGCUCUUUGGAUUGUAGGUAGAGUCCAAAUCGUUUCUAAGAUGUUCUAGGUUUAUGCAGCUGUUCUACAUAGCACAAUCAGUCAUGUGGUGAAGUAAAAUCAUUUGAUUGUGUGCUAACUCAGUUGACGGGUGCCUGUUAUUUCGUCUUCUCUGCUGUGCCCACCUCCAAGGAUUUGUGCGAGGUGAAAGGAAACUCCACCUGCAAGAGAAGCUCACAAAGGAAUCAGAAGUGAGUGAGAUGGUGGGGAGGUAGAGGGGGUGCUCCGGCACAGUAAAAGUGAGUGGGAAAGUUUUUAGUGUUAGUGUCUCUGAGCUUCACUGGAUGUCAUCCAUUCAUUAGCUACAUACUCAAUGACACACAGGCAUUAUGUUAAUAUUUAAUCAACAUGGCAGCCUGACAACUUGCUUGAGAAUGAGAUUGACUGGGUGAGUGACUCUACUGUGACUGCACGUCUGUAUGUAUGUGUGUGCGUGCAUUUGCACGUGUGAGUACGUUAAUGUGCAUACCAAUGAGCGUCUGCAUUAGCAUGUGCCGUGCCAUAGCUACGUUAUUCUUUUACAGAGAUUCUGUGCUACAGCCAAUGCCAGAUAUUCUACUCAGCAGCCAAUGAGAUUGUGCUCUGUAGGGUGGGGGGCCUCUAUAGAUAUGAUGAGAAGAACAAAUAGCCUGUAAAUGAAUUCUAUGACAUGUUUGUCUAUCUUAUCUUUUGGAAUUGUUGAAUACCUUUAAAUAAUAAAUGGGAUUUUUUUGA